CGCAGCCCGCUUCCAGCAGCUCUGUUAACACGGGCCAAAGUUAUCCCGGAAUAAGGACAGCACGCAUGUGCCGUCAACCCGGAUGUAGAUAUUUAUGUACGCGAACGCGUCUAUUCCCCAUUUUUAUGUUGUUACAAAUUUGCUUUUAGUGCAAGUAAGACCUGCACAUUUCACCCCCCUCCCCGGAACAAAGCCGUGCCACCCCGAACCUGUCGAAACCAGGGUUUUAUCAACCUGCGCGGAUGCCACAUCAGAGUUGACAGCACUUUUGAUUUACGGAGAGAGAGAGGGAGCACAAGUGGAAACCCCGUCCUAUGAUGGACUUUCGCAGCCGAAGGCACGAGAGAGGCAGCAACUGGACGGACCCGGAGAUCGUGGAGCUGCUCCAGCUGUGGUCCGACGAGUCGGUCCAGAUCGAGCUGGAGAGCUCGCUGCGCAACCAGCGCGUCUUUGACCGCAUCGCCCACGUCCUGCGCGAGAAGGGAAUCUACCGCACGGGCGACCAGUGCCGGGAGAAGAUCAAGAAGAUGAAGCUGGAGUACCGGCGCAUCAAGGACAACCACAAGAUGAGGACUUGGAAGUUCUACGACGUGAUGGACAGAGUGCUGUCCAACCGGCCGAACAUCACUUACUCCUCUCUGGGAGGGGCCGUGGUGGCUCAGCAGGUGUUUCAGGGCCCGGGGGGGCCCGAGACGUAUCUGCAAGGAGUUCCCUCGGGCUCGUUUGGCCCGGUCUCCGCAGGGGGGUUUUUGUUUGGCCAACCCCCUAAACAUGGAGACCCCUUGGACAUCAAAUGUGAGGAUGUGGAGGAGAAAAUGCUGAGCUCAGGUGUCGCACCCCCUGAGAUGUACUACGGAUCUGGAGAAGAGCAGGAAACUGAUGAACAAUCUCUGCUGGGUCCAGAAGAAGCACUGGGUCAAUCUGAGAACUCAGCAAAUGCAAGAAUGUCCCCCGCAGGCUUCAGUGACCUGAACAUUGCUGGCUGUGGAUCAGCUGGCACCCACGCUUCCAGUGCUCCUCCAGCAGAAAACAAGUCUGGGCAGCCCAGUGCAGAUGUUUCCCAUCCCUCCAUCUCUGCGAGACACAGGAAGCGUAGACGGGCUGGCAAGGCAUCAUGGGCCCAUAACAAUGGUCGAUGCGGUGGUCAGGGGAGCCUGGAUAAAGCCCUGGCCAGCUUUUUGACGUGGCAGCAGUCUGCAGAGGAGCGUUUUCUCUCUCUGGAGGAAGCACGCCUGGAACGAGAACUGCAGGCCGAGGAGCGCAGAGAACAGCGGGAGGAGAGGAGGGCGGAGCAGGAACGGGAGCAUGAGCUCCGCCUGUUCAGCAUGCUCACAGGGGCGCUUUUAGCUGUCAGACAGGGGGGCCCCGCGGCCACGACGGCGACUGAUCCCCCUGCCUCACCCUCAGCUCAUCAGGCGACCUCUCUGAUGACCGCUGCCACCCCUUCAGUCCCAUCAUCUUCGUCUCAGCCACCUGCAGAAGCUCCAGCAGGAGAGACUGUCCCCGCUCAGGAGACACAAAAGUCGCGGCCCACAUCCAUCACAGCCUGCCGAGCCUCACAGAAUGUUGUGGCAACACUGGGAGGCCCAGAGGCUCCGGGCCAUAGUGGGUACCUGUCGACCCGUGGUAACAGCAUCCGACAGCAUCGAGGCAUUCUUCAGGAGGGUUUCGCCUUGUAUGGAAGAGACAAACACCACGACUCAGACAACCCUGAUGGUAUACUCAACUUGGGUACCAGUGAGAACAAACUAUGCUAUGAUCUCCUCAAUUCACGACUGACGAAGCCUGAUAUGCUCCACGUUGACCCGUCUUUGCUGCAGUAUUCAGACUGGACAGGACAUCCUUUCCUGAGAGACGAAGUCUCAAAGUUCCUGACUCACUACUGCUGCUCCCCGAAGCCGCUGAGAGCUGACAAUGUCAUGGUGAUGAAUGGCUGUGGCUCCCUCUUCUCAUGUGUAGCUGCAGUAAUCUGUGAUCCUAAAGACGCUGUUCUUAUUCCUACGCCUUUCUACGGGGUUAUCACUGAGGAUGUGCAUCUGUACAGCGAUGUAAAACUCUUCCACGUCCCUCUUGAUUGUGAGGCUGAUGGCAAGGACGGCCGACCCUUUCACCUCACGGUAGCGAAGCUGGAAGAAGGUCUGAAAAGGGCUAAGCAAGAGGGCUUGGUCAUUCGAGCUGUUAUUCUUAUGAACCCCCACAAUCCUCUGGCUGAGAUCUACACUCUGAAGGAAAUGAUCGCCUUCCUGGAGUUUGCCAAAAGAAAUGAACUCCACGCCAUCGUAGAUGAGGUGUACAUGCUGACGGUGUUUGAUGAAUCAGUCACCUUUCGCAGUGUCCUCAGUAUAGACAGCCUGCCCGACCCACAGAGGACGCAUGUGAUGUGGGGAAUGAGCAAGGACUUUGCAAUGGCGGGAAUCAGAAUUGGCACUCUGUAUACUGAGAACAGAGACCUGGUGGAAGCUUUGGCCCAGCUGGGGUCCUUCCAUGGUCUCCCUGGGACGGUUCAACACCAGGUGGCACGACUUCUUCAGGACAGAGAGUGGAUCAACCGAGAAUUUUUGCCGGAGAACAGACGCAGACUGAAAAAUGCUCACAGCUACGUGACCGGAGAGCUGCGUAGAAUGGACGUCCCCUUCCUGGACAGACCUGCUGCACUCUAUGUCUGGGCUGACCUCAGAAAGUAUCUCCGACAGCCGUCGUUUGAGGAGGAGCUGUCUCUGUGGAGGUGUUUCCUCAGACACAAGGUGGUGUUGAGCUGCGGCCAGGCGUUCUCCUGCUCCACACCCGGCUGGUUCCGAGUUGUCUUUGCAGACCAACAGCACCACCUUCAGCUCGGACUAAAGCGGAUCCAAAAGGCUUUGAAGGAAAUUGAAGACAGAAAGAGCAGUCCUGAGACACACUUCACCACAAUAACUGCUACGGAGAGCAGCACACCAGUGAAAGAGGACAGUGCAGAGUCAGACAAUGCUGCAAUUGUCAAUUCAACAUCAUCACCCCAGAGCAAGUCAUGUGCACAGCUGAAGGAGAGGGACAGCCCCCAUCUUGACACAGGUUCACUUGCUGCAGAGGAGUUUGUUUUGCUGGACUGCCAGGCCUCUAAGCCCUCGGAGAGUCUGGACUCGCUCAUUGGUACUCUCAGGCAGCAGAUCCGCUCCUCUGAUUGGCUGGAGAAAAACACCCCGGAGCUGACUGCUGAGGAGGACCCAGAAAUUCUUGAUGUUUUCAAGGCCCUGCUGCAACGAGCCAAAAAGUAAGCUUAGGAUAAAACGGGCAUGAAAGUGGCUGCCAACAUUUGGAGAGGCAGUACUUGAACAUCCUUCUGGUCCUUAGCUGUGUUUUUUUAAAGCGUGACAACACUUGAACAGGGUUGAGACUGACCUAUUUAAAAAAAAGAAUAAAUAAAGAAAAAAAAUCUAAAGAACAGAAUAAAGAGGAGCGGUGAACAGGUGAGUAUAAAAGGAUAGAGCAUUUUCUAUCUGUAUCUUGAAGCCUUAUUUUGAUGCUGCUAAGGGUCUUUUUUUUCCAGAGACUUAUGUUUAUUUACUCAUAUAUCAAAAUGAAAGCCAAAUGUAACCCAACCAAGUUUAAUCAGGUUCUACUCCUACACAUUCUUAUCCUUUAUUUUAAUGAUACACUUUAUUUCAUCAGAGAAUGUUUUCUUUCAAACUUUUGAUCUGUGAAUAAAGAAAAGGAACCCUGCUUGUAUCUGUAUCAUUUACUUAAAGCAGUGCACACACAGUGCAUGGCUCGUUAUCUGGAGUGGGCUGCAGGGUUAUUUCGUAGGAGAUGUCUUUAUUUAUGAAUAUCAGUGUGACCUUUUGGAAAACCUUUACUUGGGUGGGCUGCGUGUGCCGUUCUGUUACAGCAAAGGAAACUGCAGGGGGUGGAGAGAUGUCUGAGGUCGAUGACGCUCUCAACUACCCGUACCGUUGCCCACUGAAAGAAACCGAGUGGGUUUUCCUCUGAUUGGUUGUCAUGUGUAAUGACCCCAUGGCACCCCACACAUAGUUUCUACCUGACACAACAAAUGUUAUUCAAAGACUCUUUGACCGAAUUGUAGAGUUCCUAACUUCCCUUUUAAUGUCCAGUUCUUCUACAUCGUUUAUUUCUGAUCACCACGGAGACUUCUGCUUCCUCAAAUACUGAAAGGUCGAGGCAACUUUCACUUUCUCUACAGUGUGUGUAGGAAAGUCACGGUGGAGAAUUCACGGGGAAGUUUCUCCAACAGUGAGGGUAGUUUCCACCGAAGCAGAGGCGGAGUUACAGUACACCAAGAAGGUUUUUAUCUGCGAGCGGCUGCUUGUGGUAGAAAUAAUGUAUCAGUGUUUGUAGUGUUAGUGCUGUAGAACAGACGGAGACAUCUCUUUAUGUUGAUAUUUACACAGCCUGAGCUCUGGGUGAACCUUCACAUCUUCCACAACAAAAGGUGGUAUAAAAAUGAUGUUCCCUGAGCUGGGAGACGCCAUCAGUCGCUUCAGGUUUGCUCAGUCCUGUUUGGGCUUAGCAGGUUGCCUGUGUGUGUGUUACGCCGUCUGGACACCCUUCUGGCUGAAUGACAGGGGACUGUGGACAAAGUGGAAUAACAGCAACAGUGACCAGACAAACGACAAAGAUGAUACUGUCUUCAACGCUCUGGAAGCAGAGAGGGUGUUUGGAGUGAUCUCCUCCCUCAUGGCUCUGAGCACAGGGGCGCUGUGCCUGGUGUUCGCCCUCUGCUGGACUUCUCAGACGGUGCGCUCGUACUCCAACACCCGCUCCCUCCUCAUGGCAGGCCAGGCUCUCUACCCCACCACCCUGCUGCUGCUCACCUUGACCUCCACAGGUUUCCUCUUCCUCCUAAGCUGGUCUUUUUUCACCUAUCAACACCAGGAAGAAAUUCAUCGUGACUUUUCCAGCCUCGGCUCUUCCUACUGGGUGGGGGCUCUAGGUUGGAGCCUGCUGCUGGUUGUGGAGUCAGUGGUCUUUAUUGCCGAACAAGCUGUUGUACCAGACAUCUUACCUGACUUAGAGAAGGCGGUGGAGUCCUGGCGGAUUUCUUCCCAGCUUGAAGCUGCUAAGCGCUCUUUAAGUGCAGGCUAUCAACCUGCUGAGCACCAAAGCCACAUGGCUUCAAACCGGUGUAUGUCAGCGCUAUGAAUAGAGUGAAUUAAUAAGGGCGUGGAGGAGCAAAUGAAUGCACAGAAAGACUCAUUUUCAUCAAGGACGCUAUAGAAGAGGAAUUUCAAAUCUGACUCAUGCAUGGCGUUGGGAUUGAAGGGAAUGCCUUCCUCAAGGACCGUUUGCUCUGGUUUACUUGAUUUGAUCACGGAAAUAGCCUAAAAGUACACUAAGGACCAACAAUACUGGCCGGAAAAAAUAAAACACCAAAAGCAAGAUUGAAAAAUCUGAAGCUGAAUCAUAAAGCUGUGAUCCGGUUUGUAUGGAGAGAAAACCCUGUCACCACACGUUCAGUCACAAUGUGUCAAACAUGAAACCGUAAAAACGGACAUUUGUACUGUAAAUGUAAGCUAAGUAAACUUUAUCACACACAGCACACUGCAAAGCUUGUACAAUUGUAAAUACACAUUAUGGUGCUUUAAUAUUCUAUUGUUUUAAUAAAAAAAAUUAAACCUGCAAAAGUGAUGUUGCAUCUCUGAUGACAGAAAAUACAAGAAACAGUUUGUUUGACCCACAUUUGCUACUAUCGCUAUGUUAGCAGCUUACAUAAUCAGUUUUAUUUCUUACAACCCAUCAAUGAGUAGCAUCCAAAUGU